AGACGCUAAUGCCAUCUUACGGUGGGAUUUCAACAUACAAUGAGUCCCAAGUUCUCCUAUCAACGAUCCCUGGGGCUCUGGUAACUUUUUUAGGAACUUUUACUUUAUUAAUUAGAACCAUGUCAAUUUGACAUCUGUCAAUUUUUACUUGACCCAACUUCGUUUACUUAUUAAGAAUUUGUGGUUUUGUUGUUCGUUUAAUCGUAAAUUAACGUUUAAAAUGACGGAAUCUUUACGGCCGAAUAUACGCAUCGAAAUACAAAAUGAUUUGACCGUACCCAUGGAAGUCGAAGAAGAUAAAUUGGUGGAAGAUGGCGAAAUAAACGAUCCCGAAGAGGAGAUUGUUGUUGAGAGACAAAAAGUUGUUCGCCAAACUCAAAGGGUUUGGUCUAAUUCUAAUGGAGGAUUUAGUACAGGAAUAAACAUAUUCGAUAAAAUAGAACAAACUAAGCUAUUGGAACGAGCGAAACGUUUUGAUUUAAAACCAAAUGAAAUAUGUAAUUUUACAGAUGAACAAUUACAACAACUUCAUGAUAGUUUAGGAAUAACCACUGAGGAUGAAAAAGAUAUUCGCUUUGAGUCACUUCACAUGAGAGGAACAGACAAUUUAAGUACAGAAGAUGUUUUGGAAUAUUUUGGUAAAUAUGGACCAUCAGGAGUUGAGUGGAUUAAUGAUGAAAGUUGCAAUAUUUUGUUUGAUGAUAAAGUUUCUGCUGCAAGAGCUUUAUUUUAUUUAUCAAAGCCUAUUAAAGGGAUGCCAGUUGAAGGGCCUUGUGACCCUUUUGUUAAAGAAUUAGAUAGUAAUAAAGAAAAUGGAAAAAGUAUUUUAUUAAAGUCACGUACUGUUGAAUUAAAAGAUGAUUCUGAUGAUGUAUCAUUAAGUGACAUAACUGUUCCAAUUCCACCUGGUUAUUGGAGGCUUGGAAUGUCCCACACAAAAUCUAGGUGUAUUUUAGUAAGAUUUGCGUUAAAAUCAGAUAAAAAGCAAUUAGGUGCAGAAAAAUUUAGCGAGUAUUACAAAAAAUAUGGAAAUCCCAAUUACGGGGGAAUGAAAGGAUUAAUUUCUGAGACACAAAAGAAAAAAUUUAAAGGAAUUGUUGAGGAUGUUGAAGAUUCAAAAAAUCCUUGGGGGUUAUUAGCAAAGAAUUGGAACCAAGACAUGAAUCAAACUGAAAAAGAAAUCCCAAUUAUUCCAAUUAAAACUAAAUCAGAUGUAAUGAGUCGAAUUGGAUUUAAAAGAACUUUAGAAGAUGAACCUAUCAAAGAAGAACAAGAAACGAACGAGAAAAAACGUUCAAAAAUUCCCAGAAUGCGAAUGUACGCCGACGAAGAAGAAGAAAGAAUUAAACGACGUAAAGAAUUGCAAAAAAUUAAAAACGUAGCAAACGAAUCAAAAGGUGAUGAUUUAAGGGAUGUUUUAAAAUCGCAAAUCAGGAAGAAUGUUAAACUUGAAAGAGAAGAAAAAGAAAGAAAAGAUCCAGAACCCGAUUUAGGAUUAAAACUAAAAAAUAGAAUAAGAAACCAAAAAAAAGAUGAUUUAACCCAAGAAAAAUCAAAAUACACCGAUAAAAACGAAUCGAGACGAAAAUUAGAUGAUUUAAGAAAAAAACGGCUUUCACCAAGAUUAACAUCACCUUCGAGAACUUCCCCAAGACGAUUUUUAUCAAAACGAACCUCACCCAACAGAUUUUCAAGAAGAAUGAGAUCAGAUUAUUCUCAUUUAAGCGAUUACGAAGAUUCGCUUGAAGAUCAAAAACCGAAAAGUAAAGUUACCGUCGUAAUUAAAACCCAAAAGAAACCGACGGUAGCUUCAACUAUUUGGUCGCGAAUUAAUUCGGACCGUGAAAGGUUAAAAACUGUUUCUGAAGGUAAAUUGCGAAGGAGAAGUUCAAGUUCGGAGAGUAGUGGUGGAUCAAAUUCUGGGAAUGAAAGUUCAGAUCAAGAUGAUGAGGUACAUGUUAAGCAGGAAACGGAUGUGGGGAUGAGACCCGGUUUUCAUGCAAAUGUUGCUAAAAGAUUGCAUCAUAUGAAUGAUCAUAGGAGUCCUCUUAGAAUAGAAAUUAAUAAUGAUCAUUUUAAGAAGGAAUGAUUAAUAUAAAUGUUUUUUUUUUGAUUUACAUAUCUUAAGAUUAUUAAUUUAUGUAAAUAGAAAUAUAUAUAUUUUUUUUCGUUUUCUAUUAAUCAGGAAAUAAUAAUGUAAGAGUGGUUUGAACAAAGAAAAAAUUAUGUAAGCAAGAAAAUAAUAAAACUUAAUAUGUUUGUAAU